AGACCUUCAAACUACCUUUUAUCCUCUCACAAUCUCACUACUCAAGACAUUUCCUUGCCACUCACAAUGGCAGAUGGGACUGAAACCUCAGACGUUGUCCCUCAGUUUGGCUUCAAGAAACGCGCUAAAGGCAAGGCCAACUUUCGCAAGAAGCCCGCAACACCGCCACCAGCCUCAGACUCCGGUUCCGACUUCACAUCAUCCGACGACGAAGAGGGUAGGCGCAUCAAGAGGCGACGCAAGAAUGUGGCAGUGACGGCCUCAUCCGCUGCAAAUGUCACCAGGAGAGACCCUGCCGCCGAUCAACCUAUGAGCACUGGCCCGGUGCCUCUAUCUACGAGCAACGAUGCCACAAAAUCAGCCAACUGGUACGAUGAGGAUCUGAGUGCGAAGAACCUGCUGGGGUCAACCAGAGCUCAUGCGUCUACGGACACCGCGCCAGACGGUACCUACAAAGGCGCGGCCAACUAUUCAUCCUUCAUUCAGAAGAACCCAGAUGCGCCCACUAAGCAGUUUGGUCCCAUCAAAGCGCCUACAAAUGUUCGAACCGUGACGGUGAUGGAUUUUGCCCCCGAUGUCUGCAAGGACUGGAAGCAAACCGGGUGGUGUGGAUUCGGUGAUUCCUGUAAAUUCUUACACGCCCGUGAGGACUAUAAACAAGGCUGGGAACUGGAUCGGGACUGGGAAAUCGGGACCAACGGCAAAAAGUUGAGUGGCCGGGUGGUAUCGCAGCGGAAAGGCGCUGGAAAGACUGCCGAGGACGACGAGGACGAGGAUGACGACGAGCUGCUGGACAGCAUCCCGUUUGCCUGCAUUAUCUGUCGGAAACCAUAUCAGAACCCCAUCAUCACCAAGUGUGGGCACUACUUUUGCGAAUCCUGCGCGCUGCAACGGUAUCGGAAGAAUCCAUCUUGUGCGGCGUGCGGGGCGGGCACUGGUGGUGUGUUUAAUACCGCGAAGAAACUGAAUGCUUUGCUGGAGAAGAAGCGGGAGAAGGCGCGGAGAGAGCGUGAAAAGGCUAUUGAGGAGGGCGAGGAGGUCAGUGAGGAAGAGCAGCAUGAGGGCAGUGAUUAGGAUUAUUGGCGGUCCGAGGCAAGCUGCAGCUGGACUGCGCGAUCCGUCCUGGACGUCUUUAUGUGACAAACUUCAUCGAACACUAUAUUCUGAGAUCACCGUGUUUUACCGAGGCAACCCUGAAUAAUACUAGAAAAAACACUAAUAUAUCCACUGCCCCGUCCAGGAGUAGUUGAUGAAGCUAAGAUGUGAC